UUCUAUGAGUCAACCGAUACCGUCAGUUUUCUCCAACGCUUUUCGCGUGCGGUCCAACACAACGUAAGCGGAUCAAAAGAUAGUGAAUGAAUAAGAAAACAUCGUUUUACAUCGGAUACAAGUGACGUCUCCGUUUAUAUGAAUUGUAUUGGAUUCAAGCCAGUAAGCAGCAUCGAAUACGGAAACGAGCUCGCGAAAGGGCAAGCGUCGGUUUUUCCGUCAUCGGCAGCGGCGUCGUGGUGGAAAGGGUAAUGGUGGUAUUGAUUGCAACGGAACUUGACCGCGCAUACUCUCUGUCUGCCCUCAAUGAAAUGACGUGCUUACAUAUGGAACGACGACGGACGGGACGACGAUAAAAACCUGUGGACACCACACCUGGCCGACACCUGCCAGUUGAAACGGUGACGAUGACAUCGACCCUCUGCACCUGCACAUGGCUGCUGCUACCCUGCUGCGUUCUCGUCGCCCUCUCCACCGGAGAACUCGAUUUUUAUCGAGAUGAGAUCCCCGAAUCCUCGGAGAGCAUUGCGCUCAGGGAACUGAUUCGGUAUCUCGAGGGGCAGAGACAGCGGUUUCCCUCGUUGCACAAAAAGUAUCAUGCAGAUUUGGAGAAGCAGAGGGAUUUGUUCGAAGCCCUGAUGGACAAAGGAAGCUUGACCGAGCUCCUGAGAAAGCCGAAAGAAUGGGAGUAUCGGCGAAUACAAUACAACGAUCCGCCGAUCAACGAGUUAAAACCAGUGAGGGAGUUGUACGUCCCUUUCUACGAAUCGAAGGCGCCGUUCGACAGUCCCUCCGAGUACUCGAACCUGAAGCUAUCCAAUUUUCCGAGUGACACGGACGAAGACGAUACGAAUUUCCAGGACAACGACUACGGGUAUAAUAAUCGAAUGCCACCGUUGGACCGUUCGACCUACGAAGAGACGAAUUUCGACAGGGGAAUGAAAGAGGAGACGUUGCAAGAAUUUCACCGAAAUUACGAUGGCACCGUCGACCAGGACGGGAAGGACGAUAGGCAGAUGCAUAAACCGUCCGCGGAUCUCCCAAACUUCACGUACAGGUUCGAUCCCCCGAAUCUGCGCGAGAGACAUCCGUUCGCCGUGAAACCCAACCACCCGAAAUACUACGAGGACAAUUCUUUUUUCUUAGAGGAUUCCGAGAAAUUGGAUACUACUAAGCCCUCGAAUGACACGAAAUGGGAGCGGGAGGACACGGCGACUGAGAAAAUGCAUACGGCGCGUGAGGGGAACUCGCGGUUGGAAUCAAAAUUUAAGGACGCGUCGAUGAUCGUAAUACCAGAAAUCGGGCGGCGCACGGAAAACAAUCCGGUUUUUGUACCUGUGAACCAGGAUUUGAACAAUGAUAUAUACGGCUUCGCUGUUGUUGCCGGUUGCACUGCAGCCUCAGUGUUUCUACUCGUAUUAAUUGCUUUAACAUGGUACAGAAUACAUCGAAGUACUAAAGAUGCAGCCGACAUUGAAUAUCCAGCUUACGGCGUGACCGGUCCAAAUAAAGAAAUAUCGCCCUCAGGAGACCAAAGACUUGCCCAGUCCGCUCAGAUGUACCAUUUCCAACACCAAAAGCAACAAAUUAUUGCUAUGGAAAAGAAUUUUGCGCCAAUUAGGGAAUAUUGUGUGCAUAAUGAUUUGUGUAGUCGUGUUUCCGCAAGCAGAGAUCCAGGCUCCGUGUCCGAAGCAGACAGCGACGAAGAGAACGAGGAAGGAGACUACACGGUUUACGAAUGUCCAGGUCUAGCUUCUACCGGAGAGAUGGAAGUGAAAAAUCCGUUGUUUCACGACGACCCAACACCAGCAACGCCAGCACAAAUUAACAAAGAAGAGGACCAUAAUAUAUAGUUUGAGUAAUUUUUAAAACUACGUAUUUGAUUUGAGUAAUCUUUUUCUGGUGCUUAGCUCACUGUUAAUGUACCAUAUCGGAAACAUUUCUCUAUAUAUUGAAUGUAUACAAUUUUAAUAUUUAAUAUGACGCAGGAAGUCAAGAGGUGUACAAGUUAACUAACGAAGGUCCGAGGCGUGUGUGUGAAACGACCAUAUUUUGCGUUUUUUCGCGGAACAUGGGUGAAACGAUGAACAAUACCACGUCGUUCCGCCACUAUAUCGUGUUUGUUUCGCAAACACAUAUUUUUUAACAAUCCAUGACGUACUAUAGUUUGUAAUUUCAUAACAAGUACGGGUUUAGCCAUAUGAUUGACAUUAUUUUUCUAUACACCGUUACACUUGCAACGCAUAGAGUACAGAUUGGAGGUCCUAUAUUAUACCGUCAUAUGACAUUUAAUUGCAAGUUUCGGAUGUAUACCUAUCGUUCCAUGUCGUAUCGGUGAAUUAUUAUUAUUAUUAUCGUCGUUUAAUUAUUUCCAGCGUAACUUCAAAGGAUCGAUGAUCUCGGAAACAGAUUUACGUUGUGCAUGUAUAUGGGACAUUUAAUUCGAACUUAUGAAUUCCUGUACGUGUAGGUAUUAGUGGAAAGUUUGAGAUUGAAUUAUGCAGCUCGUGUAUGCUGGGAUAUCUAAGAAACGUUAUACUGCGAUGAGUCCGUUACUCAGUGCGCGCAUAAUUUCUGUUAAUAUACAUAUAUCGUUUCGUUAACUUCUAGCUUGUUUUCAUUAAAGUUACGCGAAUAUGAUAAAUAUACAUAACUUCCAUUUUGCA